AUGCCACCCUCGCGCCAUGGUCGAGGGGCCCACCGUGCCGCGCCCUACUGCAGAGGCUGGCUGCCGGCGUGGUGCUCCGGCGGCAGCGACAACGACGGCACGGCCCUCUCCCUCCCAGACGACGCUCUAUCGCCCGUCCUGGCCAGGCUCCCCAGCGCGGCCGACGUGGUCCGCGCCGCCGGCACCUGCCGGCGCUGGGCCCGCGUCGUGGCCAAGGACGCCGCCGUGCUCUCAGGCGGCCUGCCGUCGUCCCUGCCCGGCCUCACCCUAGGCUUCUUCUACCAGGGGAGCGGCGGCACCAGGGCGCGCAGGCGGCGGCCGGUCUCCUCCGACGCCGCGCAGCCUUGCUUCGUCCCGACGGCCGCCGCGGCGAGGCUGACCGGCGGCUUGCGGUGCCCGUCCUGGACCGCGCUGGCCGAUGCCGUGCCCGUCCUGGACUGCGAGCUGUUGGAGCACGCCCGGCCCGUCGCGGUCCGCAACGGCUGGCUCGUGCUCGAGCUCCAGCAGGAACGGUACACAGACGGGGUGACGCUCUGCGUCUGCAACCCCACGAGGGGGGACAUGGCCUUGCUCCCGCCUCUCACCGGCGCGGACAACCCGGGGGACUACGCGUGCGCGCUGUACACCGGCCACGACCAAGACCCGCCACGGCCAUUAUUGUCGGCUUUCUUCCGGCUGAUCAUAGUCUACAACCGUCGCAGCUUCACGGCGCUGCGCUCCUACUCGUCGGACACCCAACGCUGGAGCACGGAGGGUAGAAGGUCGGGCCCACAAAUGGCGAGCCAUGAACCUGGAUUCCAUCAUUUUAAUGCCCACCUAAGCUGUUAUCAAAACAACCGAACAAGUCCAUUGCACACCAAAGUUAUCGCAUACACACCCACAGCUGGAGAAAAUCAAAUCCCACAGAAUAUUUACAGGAAAAAAGAUAUAAUCUCUAAAAUACUUUCAGAUACGUUCAUAGUACCAUGGUCUAUCACCCUGCUGUAA